AUGUCCAAGAAAGCGACCUCCAAAUCUUCUCCCACCAGCGGCCGGGGCACACAAUCCUCAGACUUGUAUAAAUUUCAUCGACCGAAGUUGAACCUGCACGAUACGCCGCAUCCGCUCAAGCGCGAAUCGAGGCAUGCGCUACGGAACCUCGCGUCCUGUCGCUCGGUGAGGCCAAGUUCGCCGUUACCGUUCUAUCCACGGUCACAGUGCGCUGCGGUACUUGUUGCAUUAUUCGUAGGCCGAAUGGGUGACCUCUACGUCCUCCUGAGUCGACGAGCGGAAACCCUAAGGUCGUAUGCCGGAGAUACAGCACUACCUGGAGGGAAAGUCGAACCAGACGAUAGGACGAUCGAGGAUACGGCUAGACGGGAAGCGUUCGAAGAGAUCGGCUUGCCGAGAGACAGGCAUAAGGUCCCGCUGCUUUGCGUCUUGGAGCCCUUUCUGGUUGGAAACAACAUCCUCGUGACCCCAGUAGUCGUUCUCAUCCUUGACAACACCCUCCGACCCAUUCUAAACACACCCGAAGUGCACACCCUCUUCUCUCACCCACUCGCUUCGUUUCUCUCCACUUCCGCACCUUUCACCUCCACCACGCCAGAUGAUGGCCAUGUUGGAAAGGGUGAAAUGCAAGGAGAAGAUACCGGUGACGAGAAUAAGGAGCAUUAUAUACGGAUGCAUCAGUUUUUGACUGGAAGGGAGCAGGGAGGUGUUAAACCCGUUUAUGGCGUGACUUCUGCGAUCCUCAUCCACAUAGCAGCGCAGGCCUAUCGCCACCCACCAGCGUUCGACAUCCAAGCUCCGAAUCAACCCUCGAUGCAUGAACGAAUAGCUUGGGCUCUUCUUCAUGUACCACAACUGCGAGAGGCAUGUGAGAAGGAGGGUGUUGACCCAGUGUUGGCGGCGGACGGAUGGAUUAAGGAAGGUAGGAGAGUUGGGAAGGAGGAAAGGAAUACUGAUAGGGGAAGAAGGAGGAAAAGUGCGGCGUUGUGGGCGAGGUUGUGA